AUGUCUCGACAGUUGAGCUCUUCCCCAGACAGCGGCUCUGAGGCUCGGGUGCAGCGGACCAUGGACUCCAGGAUCGUCCGGAGAAGGCGAAGCGGCGCUGCCCGACAUCUGUUGCUGGCAGCCGCGUUCCUCUUCUGCAGCUCCCAGCUGCUGCUGGUCGAUGCCAACUCGUGGUGGUCACUAGCCCUGACACCCAUCCAGCGACCUGAAAUGUACAUUAUUGGAGCCCAGCCUCUCUGCAGUCAACUAUCUGGACUCUCUCCGGGCCAGAGGAAGCUCUGCCAGCUCUACCAGGACCACAUGAUGUACAUCGGAGACGGAGCCAAGACUGGAAUCAAGGAGUGCCAGUACCAGUUCAGACAGAGGAGGUGGAACUGCAGCACCGUGGACAACACGUCUGUGUUUGGACGGGUCAUGCAGAUCGGCUCAAGAGAAACAGCCUUCACUUACGCCAUCAGUGCUGCAGGUGUGGUCAACGCUAUCAGCCGAGCGUGCCGCGAGGGCGAGCUCUCCACCUGCGGCUGCAGCCGGGCGGCCAGGCCUCGAGACCUGCCACGGGAUUGGCUGUGGGGCGGCUGCGGCGACAACGUUCACUACGGCUACCGGUUCGCUCGAGAAUUUGUGGAUGCCAGGGAGAGGGAGAAGAACUACCCGCGCGGGUCAUCUGAGCACGCCCGGACACUGAUGAACCUGCAGAACAACGAAGCAGGGAGACAGGCGGCCUACAACCUAGCUAACGUGGCCUGUAAGUGUCAUGGAGUCUCCGGCUCCUGCAGUCUGAAGACCUGCUGGCUCCAGUUGGCCGACUUCAGACGAGUCGGGGAGUUCCUGAAGGAGAAGUACGACAGUGCUGCUGCCAUGCGUAUCGGACGGAAGGGAAAGCUUGAACUGUUGGACAAGCGUUUCAACACUCCCACUCCCGAGGACUUGGUCUACAUCGACCCCAGCCCGGACUACUGUCUCCGCAACGAGACCACGGGCUCCCUGGGCACGCAGGGUCGCCUCUGCAACAAAACCUCAGAGGGCAUGGACGGCUGCGAGCUGAUGUGCUGCGGCCGGGGCUACGACCAGUUCAAGACCUACAAGCACGAGCGCUGCCACUGCAAGUUCCACUGGUGCUGCUCCGUCAAGUGCAAACGCUGCACGGCGCUCGUGGAUCAGUUUGUGUGUAAAUAGCACAGAGGUCGAGACUGAUGGACGGAGGAAGGGGGAGAGUGAGAGAGGGGGGACGGUGGUGACGGAGGCCGGAGGAUUGAUUUUUUUUUUCAGGGUUCUGUUCAGGACGAGUUCAGUCGAUGACUUUCAUUUUCUGACAAAGCUGCUCUUAUGUUUUUCCCUCCCUCACCUCCCGCCUUUUCACACUCGGCUGCAGGAGAAACAACAUCCACACGUCCAUGUUUGUAAGUGUGUGUGUUUGUGUCAGUGUGUGUGUGUGUG